GUGAUGUGGAGACGAAUGCCAUAUCAUCUGGAAACAAAAAUGUAACAAAUGAAGCCAUUCCAACUGUGAUCAAAAGCAUCAGGACAGAUAAAGCGAAAAGAAAAGCCAUUCCAACUGUGAUCAAAAGCAUCAGGACAAAUAAAGCAAAAAGAAAAGCCAUUCCAACCGUGAAGAGUAGUAUGAACAGUAAUGAUAGGUCAAAUGUGACCAGUAAUGUUGAAAUUGAAGAUGGUGCGACUAGUAACGUCAAAAUUAAAAAAAAUGAAACACCGUCAAAUGGCGAUUUUAUUUUGCAAGUUCUUUACUUAAAAGGAGAAGCUCAAUGGUAUUACUUGCAAGAGCAAUCACCAACUAUGAUGAACCACCAGAAGGCAACACUAAUGACCCGCCAAGAGCAACUACAAAUGACUUGUCAGAAGCAUCCACCAAUGACCUGCUAG